AUGGGAUGGGAUUUCUUUUUCGCAGACAAUAUUCCCCAAUCCUCGUUGGGAAAGGUUAAGGAUGAAGGAGAGGGUUUCAUGGAUGGAGAUGGGAAUCUUAACAACAACGGAGGGAAUGUGGAGGUUAAGUUCCCGGAGAAGCAGGCAGGAUUGGAGGGGAUUGAGAAUUUUAACAACGUGAGAGGAAAUGUGGAGUUUAAGACCCCGGAGAAGGAGAAGAAGGCAGAACUCCAGGAGAUUGAGGAGUUCAAGACACCAGAGGAAAUGCCAGUGGGUGCGGCGAAGCAGUUUAUGCAUUCAAACACCGCACCACUGGAAAUGAGUAAAGGAAUUGGUCUGAGGAAGGUGGAGGGAAAUAAUAAUGGUGUGGAUUUUUUGAAGAUUUUGAAUCAGAUUGAUGAUCUUUUCCUUAAGGCUUCCGAGGAUGCAAAAAAGGUUUCAAAGAUGCUGGAGGCCAAUCGGAUGCAUUACCAUUCCAACUUUGCAGAUAAUCGAGGCCACAUUGACCAUGCAGCAAGAGUCAUGCAAGUUAUUACAUGGAACAAAUCUUUUAGAGGUGUACCUGAUGGUGAUGCGGCCACAGAUAACUUCAAGGCUGAAGAAUAUGAGACACAUGCCACAGUUUUGGAUAAAUUGCUAGCGUGGGAGAAAAAAUUAUAUGAAGAAGUGAAGAAUGGCGAGGUUAUGAAGGUUGAAUAUCAGCGCAAAGUUUCUGUGCUGAACAAGUUGAAAAAACGCGGUGCUAGUUCUGAACAAUUGGAAAAGGCAAAAGCUGCUGUUAGCCAUUUGCAUACGCGGUAUAUUGUUGACAUGCAAUCAUUGGAUUCAACGGUGUCGGAAGUGAAUGAUAUACGAGACAAGCAGCUGUAUCCAAAACUUGUGGCUCUUGUGCAUGGGAUGGCGACGAUGUGGGAAUCCAUGUGCAUGCAUCAUGAAAGCCAGCUAAGAAUUGUGAUGGACCUCAAAUCCCUUGACUUCUCUGGGAUUCUCAUUGAAACGAGCAAACAUCAUCAAGAGCGUACGACGCAGCUUUGGAACGUCGUCCAACAAUGGCAUUCACAAUUCGAAAAGCUAGUGACAAAUCAAAGACAAUACAUCAAUGCUCUUAACAGCUGGUUGAAGCUAAAUCUCGUACCAAUUGGGAGCAGCUUAAAAGAUGAAAACUCAUCCCCUCCAAGAAUUCAGAUGCCCCCUAUCCAACAGCUUCUUCAUUCUUGGCACGAUCAUCUUGAAAAGCUUCCUGAUGAAGUUGCAAAAAGUGCAAUUGCCUCCUUUGCUGCUGUGAUAAAGACAAUUAUUGAUCACCAGGAGGAAGAAAUGAAGUUCAAGGAAAAGUAUGAAGAAACCAGAAAGGAGUACUUGCGUAAAAAACAGGCAUUCGAUGAGUGGCAUCAGAAAUUCUUGCAGCGCAGAACUCCACCUGAGGAGAUGGACCCUGAGAAUGGCAUAGAAAUGAAUGCCAAGGAUCCAGUAGCCGAAAAACAGUUUGUGGUCGAGAGCUUGAAAAAGAGAUGGGAAGAUGAAUGCGAAGAUCACCAGAAACACUGUAUUCAAGUGAGGGAAAAGUCACUCGUAAGUCUCAAAAGUCGGCUUCCUGAGCUUUUCCGAGCCUUGUCGGACUAUUCUCGUGCGUGUUCCGAUGCUUACGAGAGACUAAGCCAAUUCAGCCCUAGAAUUGAAUUGAAAUUGCAUUUCCCACAGGUGAUUGCCAAUAUAGCUCAAGUUGUGAUUGAUGAGACUGGAUCAUAUGGUCAAGAUUGGAUGACAUGGAAACAUGUGUUCUUGCUUGUUGAUGUUGUUUGCUGUUGUGCGGUGCUUUUCCCGAGUGUUUGGUCUAUCAAGAACUUGGGGGAAGCAGUAAGGACCGAUGAAAAAGCUGUAGUGAACUUGAUGAAGUUGACUUUGUUUAGACACUACUACAUUGUGGUGAUAUACUACAUUUACUGUGGUGGCAGGGGAGUUGGCUACACUGGCAUUUUAUGUGUUCACAGGGUACAAAUUUAA